AUGGGAUUUCCUAUGAUUCAAGUGUUCAUGAUCGCCGCGCGGCAGGUCUCCAAACCGAUCGCCGACGCGGUGCUCCGAUACGGAAAAGAUCACCCAGUGUUCAGAAAUAAGCUACUGAUUCCAAUCGGAAGAGGUCCGUUUCCGUGGUUUUUUUCUGUUUGGCCUCUGAGUCUCCACUUUCAGGCCUUGUCCGAUUCACAUCCCGAAUGCGAAUGAAGCGACUCGGCCUCGGAGAGCCGAUAACCCACGCGCCAGUCUCGGAAGCGGCGGCCCUCGAGCAGGCGUCCGACUUUGUGCAGCAGCUCGUGCUCUUUUCCUAUUCGGUCGGCGUCUUCGCUUCCUACUACUUUUACACGAAGCUGACGACUCCAGAUUCGCUAAAAUUGGAAGAGUAUCAAGAGUUUAAAGAGCAGCAGGAGAGAGUGAGCACUCAUUUCACGCACUCCCCCUCACUUCCUCAGUUCUAGGCGAUCAAAGAAUUGCGAUUGCAAAUCGAAGCGCUCGAGCAGCGACUGGCCGCUCAGCAAAAGAGAAACUUCUUCUCGCAACUCGGAUUCUCUAAGGACCACGACGAAGAGCCGCCGAAAAAGAGCUCCUCCGCAGCUGCAGAUGCUUCAGACGGCGAAAAAAGCGAAAAGAAGGCCACAGAAUCGCUGAAACACCGAUUUCAACGGAUCUCCUCGCUGCCCAUCGACGCCGCCGCUUCGCUGAUUCUCGACGGUACGUACGAUGAGUAGACGGUGCCCACCGAGAUAAUCGAAUCGAAUCUCCAUGCCUUCCUAUCUAUGUGCCCAUUUCUCCCCAUCGCCCCCGGUUUGUUUGUCGUGUUUCGUUCAGUUUCUCUCACACUUUUUCUUUCUGCAAAGUAAAUCGUUAAUUGUUAUGCACCUUAAUGCACGCAGCACGUUCCCCCGUCCGAUUGCUCCGAAUGUUCUGUUCACUUCAGAUGAGGAAUACAUCAUCGUUCGUCGCGACUCUUCCGUCGCCAUCGAGCUCUCCGCGAACUUUGCCGCGCGCGGAGAACGCCUCCGCUACCGUGUUCCCUCUGCGAUUCUCCGGCAGUCGAGAGCUCAAAAAAUACUCGAGGAGGCCGCUGGGCGUGUGAUCGGAGGCGCCGAGCAACGGAGAUUGAGAUUCGAAUAUGUUAGCAGUUAGAAAGUGCGCCCCACCGGUCCAGUAGAUUUAUUACGGUUGUUUCCUCUUUUCCUCUCACUUUUCUACUCCUCCAGAGCUUCUAGUCCAAAAGUCCACGUUCUCAUUUUUCUCUCUCUCUCUCUCUCUCUCUGUUCUCCUCUGUCCUCAAUUGUCUGUCAAAAAAACUCGGUGGGCCCGUCUAGAAAAUGAAAAUUUUCGUGUUUUUUCUUCUCCAAAAUGAACACUUUUGGCAGGACGGCGACGACAGUCAACUGAGAGCUAG